GCCGCCUCUGCAAUGUCAGCAGCCGCAGCGGCGGCGGCUACGCGAGCGGCAGCGGCCCGGGCCCCGCGGUAGCCGCCAGCGCGGCACGGCCCGCAAGAGCGCCAGGAGCGAGCCUGCGGCCACUCGCUGCCUCCGGGGCACUGCGAGAGGCUUUGCGCUCCCCGGCGCGGCGUUCGGACUCGGGGCCAGCGCAGCCACCGCCGCGCACAAAGGACAGCAGACGCCGGAACUCGGGGGCUGUGCCCGGGGACCGGCCCGGGGACCCCCGCCCGCGCCGCGUCCCCUCCACGCCUCCCCUCCCCGGGCGGCCGGAGCGCGAGUCGGAGCGGGCCCCGUCAUAUGACAGCGGCGACGCCGCAGCCGGCGAGCGCGCGUGCUGCCUGCUCCGCUGCGCCACGGCCGCCGGCGCCUGGGGUGGCCCUUGCCUCGCCCCGCUGAGCGGUCGCCCGUCGCCGCCGCCCCGCGCACCCCGCGCCCGGGCUCGCGGGCUCCGGGGGAGGAGCCGAGGGGAGCCCCCAGCCGGCGCCGAGCCUAAAAUGGCCACGCUGCUGCGGAAGAUCGGGCUCAUCCGCCUGCAUAACCGGGACACCGAGGACCCCAAGCACCACCACAACCACCGCGGCGGCGGCCAGCAGAGCGCGUCUCUGCGCGGCAAGGGCGGCUCCAAGAGCGGCGGCCACAAGCAACAGCAGCAGCAGCAGCAGCAGCAGCAGCAGUACCCCGGGGGCGCGGGCGACGCCAGCCCGGGACCCGGCAAGGGCAAAGGCAAGCGCGCGGCGGAGCUGGCCCCGCGCGACAAGGCGCCGGCGGCUGCGGCGGCGGCGGCGGCGGCGGCGGCGGGGGCCGGGGGCCCCCGCGAGAGGGCAGCGGGCGCCAGGGCGGGGCCGGGCCCGGCGGUGGCGGCGGCGGCGGGCAGCAGCCUGGUCCCCGCGGCGCGCCAGCAGCACUGCACGCAGGUGCGCAGCCGGCGGCUCAUGAAGGAGCUGCAGGACAUCGCGCGCCUUAGCGACCGCUUCAUCUCCGUGGAGCUGGUGGACGAGAGCCUGUUCGACUGGAACGUGAAGCUGCACCAGGUGGACAAGGACUCGGUGCUAUGGCAGGACAUGAAGGAGACCAACACCGAGUUCAUCCUGCUCAACCUCACCUUCCCCGACAACUUCCCCUUCUCGCCGCCCUUCAUGAGGGUGCUCAGCCCGCGCCUGGAGAACGGCUACGUGCUGGACGGCGGCGCCAUCUGCAUGGAGCUGCUCACGCCGCGCGGCUGGUCCAGCGCCUACACCGUGGAGGCCGUCAUGCGCCAGUUCGCAGCCAGCCUGGUCAAGGGCCAGGGACGGAUCUGUAGAAAAGCUGGCAAAUCAAAAAAGUCCUUCAGUCGCAAGGAAGCUGAAGCUACCUUUAAGAGUUUGGUGAAGACGCAUGAAAAAUAUGGUUGGGUCACCCCGCCCGUGUCCGACGGCUGAUGUCUGCCAUGUGCAGUAGACGCUCGAGCGCCUGUCCACACACACACCAGUACCCUGACAUGUCCUCAACGCUGUGCAUCCUCCACCCUUUUUUACUCCAGCCAGAACUGCAUCCUGAAUGCCAAGGAGACGUUUAAGUUAUUUAUGAAAAGAUGUGUUUACAGAGAGGAAGAGGGAGCAAACGCCGUUCGGAUUAUAUUUCGAUUAUAAAUGAAUGAUCACCUCGAAGUCACUUUAGAACACAUGUUGAGAUGGUGACAUUUCCCAGCCUGCCUGCCCGUCUGCCCACCCCGGUCACAUUGCCCUGAGCUUCUUUCCAUGACAGCAGCUCCAACGAGCCGGCAGGAAACUCAAUGCCCCUGCGGGCUCCAUUUCCAUGUAAAUGGCGCCAUUCAUAUUUCAUAGGGACGCCGUGCAUCGCCGCCGUGCGUCCCCGGCACGUGUUUGCUGUGCUCUGUAUCUCUGUUUUUCUUCCUGGAAGGUCAACAUAACUUGAAAAUGUGUCUUUCUGUGGCCCAUGGUCCGCUGUGAUGACAUUUAGACCUCAUUUGUGCUAUGACCUUUGGCUCAUGAAAACACAAAUUUAACAUUGCCAGGUUCUAGUGAUUUAAAACUACAACUGCCGACUUGGUGAAAAUGUGUUCUCGAUGCUGAUUUGUGGUGUGCUGCUGUCCACAGAUAAACCAGUGCCAUUAGAUGGAAGGCAGAGGAUACUGCGACCACCCCCCGGCAGACGGUGGCGUGGACACCAGCUGCGCCCUCUGGGGCUCAGAGCAACGGAUGGUCAGCUGCGAACAGUCUCAUCCGAUGUUAGGAAAUGGUCCUAUGGCCGCGCCUUUGUGUUCCUGUCUUCUCUCCACCACCAAAAGCAAAAGAUGAUUUCCCAUUCACUGCAGUCAUCUGACUCAUUUUAUUAUCUGUGCUAGUGACAAGGAAUGUCAGAACUGCCAAAGGAUACCAAGUGAUCAUAUGAUGAUUUGCAUGAUCGGGUCUAUUUCACCCAAUAGUCACUUGUGUUUCCCCCAAAAUUGGGAUGGGUGAGCACCCUUGCUGUGGUGUAAACUUCCUGUUAUUUAAUCUCCCCACGGUUUCAUUUUUCUCUUCUGUUAAGUUACUUAGAACUUUCUAAGAAACUCCAUGAAAUGAGGAAAUACUGUUUCUAAUAAUAUGAGGAAAGAGGUAAAAAUGUUCAUUCCAAGUGGAAAGUCUUAUUGGACACAUUUUAAAUAAAAUCAUGCAUACCUGAUACACUGCCUCAAGGAUCCAGUCAUUGUGGGCUAUCCUUCCAUUUAAAAUAUUUCAGAUAUUCUUAAAUUUUUUAAAUAUUGCAAAUACUACAACAUGUAAUUCCAGAGCAGCAUUCUAAGUCAAGUACCAGAAAUGAGUCUUAGGAACCCACAGUCUUUGCAAAAAUUCAGUAGAUUUAAAUAGUCCCCAGAAGCAGCCAAGGAGCUGAAGGGAUGAUUGGAUCAAGUUCAGAUGUUGCCAAUUGUGCCAGUUGUAUCUUACCGCUGUGAAGGAGGAAAAGUCUUCCGAGAUAAUAUAUUCAGUUCUUCAGGCAGUUUUGUCUACUUGGGGACCUGCCCAUUGGUUCAAGGUUUUCAGAGAUCCAAGAGGCCUCGCCUCAAAGAACAAGGAUUGGCGCCUUUCAGCAGGGCUGGCCAUUCACCAAAUUUAUUGUUACUUUUGUUUUUCUUUACCACUUUCUUAUUUGCCCCCAAGUGCACACAGGCAGCUCUGCCAGACCAAAAUGACAGUGUAUUAAGAAUGCAGGGCCUGCUCAGGUUCCCUGUGAGUCAUAAUAGUCGUGAAACUUGAUGACAGUGAACUUAACGAUGUUCAUUCAUCCAACCCUCUAUGGUGGCAUUCUCCAUCCUGGAAACCUGACAUUUGGCUGAUGGUCUUUGGACCCUGGAGCUAUUGGUCAUCAUGGAAUUACACUGUGGAGAUUAAAGACCUAGGACAGAAACAUCUUGCUAGGGAAAGCAUCUGAGUUUAUUCCUUUCUGAAUAUUUUCCUCUUCUAAUGAAAACUAAAAGCAGCUUUACUUUAGGGGGAAAAAUACAUCCGAAGGCAGGUCAUUUCAGUAGUGUUUAUUAGCUGAUUGAAAGAUUCACAGUGGUCUCUGAGAACUGCACCAAGGGGUGCAGCCGGGAGACUGGUCUGACCCCGGGUUGGGCUGGGUGACAACCGGCGACAGAGCAGAGACACUCAGCUCAGUGUCGCUCCUUCCAUACACUCAGAGUUUGAUUUUUUUUGCAUGGCAUUUCCACUAGGUUUGUUAGACACUUAUAGAAGAAAUCAAUUCUUUAGUGAACAAAAUACCGUUUUUCAAUUGGUAAGAAUUUCUCAUUUUAAAAGCAGUAGGAAGUAAUGUAAAACUCUACCAUUGCCUGGACUGUUAGGAGUGCGGACUCCCUUUCUGGUGGAUUCCCUUCGUAGGCAAGCACGGCGGUGCCCAGCCAUGGAGGCAUCCUUAGGACACUGAGCGCAGGCCUGGCUGCCCGUGCCUUGGCCAUAGCCUCUUUCCACCCCGCUGAAGUGGACACCUGCCUCUGGAGCUCAGGGUGAGAAGGAGAGGCCUGAAGCCUGGGGCCACAUUCCCACUCAAGCCAAGGAACCUAUUCCUCUUUGGACAGACAGCGAGGGAAUCAUCAGACAGUGGGUGCAAAUGUUCAUGUCCCGAUAGCUCCACACACCCAUGUAUCUGUGGGAACUCAAACCAAGCCAGAGCCCACAGAGCCAAACAAACAGAAAAUCACAAACCCAUCUGUCCCCUUCUCAAUGCAAAACUCCUUCCCAUCCAAAGGUUUUCCUGAACCAAUCACCCUUGUUAUUGGGUAUCUUCUCCACUGCUGGGUAAGACCUGUACAUGGUCUGUCUAUAACUUUCUAGAAGACUGAGAACUGCUUAUGCCUUAGGGAGUUCUAUGUGAGCAGCAAGGUUAUCCCCCCAAUUAAAACGCAUAGGCGCCAAUACUCCUGCAAAGACUUGCUGUUUCUAAAAUCCACUACUCAGAAAAACCAGGGUGUCGGCUUAAAGUUUUCAGCUCCGUCUAUCAAAAUUUGACCUUUUUUUAAGAGAAAAAUAUGUAGAUGAGUGAAAAAGACCUGGGAUUGAAAGACAAAAAGCCAUGUGUCCGUGUAACCCUGGCCAGUCACUCCACCUGCCUGAGCCUUGGUUUCCUCAGCUGUGUGCUCCUACCAGGUCAGUGUGGGAAUUGGCCAAAAUGAUGCAGCAGAAGUGCUUUGGAGACUAAGAUUGUCAAUGAAAUGUAAGUGUCAUUUUCGUAGUAUUAGGACAUUUACAUUACAGCAGGCUUUAGUUAGAACCCACUUAGAUAUCGACUCAGAAUGAUCAAUUACACUGGUUAAAAUACACGUACUUGGUAAUCAUAUACUUGCUUUCUGUCCCCAGUUCUUACAUUAAGUCAACCAACUGACCCAAAAAUCAACCAAUAACUAACUGGCCACCUCUCCACUCACUCAGCAUUCUCCUCUUAAAUGCAGAGCAUGCAGAAGAUUAAGGUACAGCCUCUUCCCUGGAUAGGAACUCAAAAGAUAGGAAUAGCGCACAGGCACCUGUACCAAGCAAGGCAAGUGCCAAAUUGCACCGCAAAAAUUAAAGACAUUGUGCAAGUGCAGAGAUUAUCUGACUGAAAACCAGAAAGAUUUCAUGGAGCAAAUCAGGUUUGAGCCAUGGCUGGGCAAAGGGAAGAAGAAGGGCAGGUGUAGAAAUGGGAGGGGCCUAGAGCACCUUGAAAGGGAGCGUGGACUUUGUCCUCACUGGCCCUGAAUGGGAGAACUGGAGUCUCCUUGCCACCUCUCACCUGCAGAGACCCUAUUUAUGGAGCUGAUUUCAGGAAGCAGGACACGGUCCCACCUGACACCCUAGCCUGGCAUGUGGAGCUUGCCCUGUGCGUAGCAAUGAUAUUUCAGUAUACCCAUCCAAUAGCAUGCAAAAUUUUCAUGGAAUUUGCUUUCUAAAGGGGCAGAGCUUACUUCCUGACUGUAGUGAGGGUAGAGCCACUGAAUCUGGAAGACCACUUAGCCUAAUUUUACACCCUCUGCAGUGAAGGAGGUGAGCCCAGAGUCUUUGAUGGGCUUGUCCACAUUAGGACAGGAGCCACAAGGCCACCGCCUUACUGUGGCUUUCUGAUCCUUUAUGUUGCUUCAUGAGACUAUUAGGCAAUUCAUGUGGCCCUUAUCAAACACACACUCUUCACCCCACCAUUGAAUCAGUACAGUCACAAGUCUUCCAAGCCGAGAAACACCCACAGGACCCAUUCUGUGCCCAAAAGAGCAGGAAUUCCCUCCAACUGCUUCAGGAAGCUUCUGUAAGGGGCUUGCAGCUCCGCCCAUGAGACUGUAGUCAGAACUUUGUAAUUUUUUUCUCCGAAGACACUGAAAUCAUGUACAGCUCUGUUCUUAGUUUUCUGCUAGGUUCUACUUAUCCUUCUAAUUUUGGCAGCCUCUAGUUCCCAUAGUGUUGAAUAUCGUUUUUAAGCCCAGGGCCUGUCUGAUCCACAGAAUGUGGUCAAUAAACUGGAAAGGCAAACAAACUCUGUUGACAUUCGGGAAAGCAAUAAGUGAUGUUAGUUUGGUUCCAGAAGAAACACGGGAGCAAAGUGUGCUGGCCAAACAGCAACAAUCAAAGCAGAGGGAAGCAAGAUUUUCUUUCAAGGUCAUGAUAAGGCUAGACAAACAGAGUGCAAUGAGGGGGUCAGGUGCGAGGCCGUCCUCCCAGGUCAGUAAGGCCGCAUGGAGGGAUAAAGAGAUCCCUGCACUGCCCCCAAGUGCCAAUUCACCCUGUGUCUCUUGCAGAAUUAAAACCAGGAGGUGGCUUUCUCUUUCCUUCUACUGGUAGUAAAUUAAGUGACUGUCCUACUUUGUAGACAUGCAAUCGUUUUGUAUCUCUAGACCUUGGGCAAUCACUGGUGAUGACACUAAUUGAACUAACACAGAAACUGCUGUCACCUGAUGUGCUUGGUUUCAUUCCUGCCUGCCUUCUCUACAAUGUGACUUCAUCUCAUGAAUGCGGUUGCCGUUAUGACAGUGCUAGGAUGCCGAUCUGUAUACCGUGAGUGACUGCGAACUUUCAGACUCUCACUGCAAUUCAUGGGGAGACUUUGGUGUAUCCUGUUUCCAGAAUUGUCCUCUUCUGUGAUCCUCAAAAGAAGAGGAAAAAAUGCAUGUGGCAUAAAUCCAUAGGAAAGAAAUGUUUACCACUGGAAGACGGUGAGUGCAUGAGUCAAAUAAUCUAGAGGCACUGCCCUAAUGAGAAAAAAAAAACAAUGAUUCUGGAAAAUAAAACUUUAAAACCAAUAAACGUCUUUACACGGAA